UCUCUUCACUCAUCAAACUUCUUCAAAAAAAUUAACUCCAUCAAAUUCCAAAGCCCCUUAAAAAACCUCCAUUUUCUCUCACUCCACGCGCCAUGUACACUCACCCAAACACCGCAUUCACACGCGCUGCCGAUUUUCUCGGCCAUCCCGCCACGUCACUCGACAACCUCACACCACUCGACCUCCCAACGUUAACUCUACCGUUACCGUUACCGUUGCUUCCACCCAAUUUACUCGACCAACUCGCCUCCCCCACCUCCGAGUUCGACUCGGUUAUGAACUCGCCCGAAAUUGGAAAUAAUAAUAGCAGUAACUGCAGUGGCUGCAGUAGCUACGGCUCGACGAGCUCGUUCGCGAGUCACCAGACUCAGAGGCCCACCUUUUUUCAGCGAAGCGUGAGCAGCAACUCGUUCCAGAAGAGCGGCUUUCGCCAACUCGUUUCGUCUUCGACUCACGAGUUUGUCGACUCGGAGUCUGGUCCGGUCAGAAGGGUCUUCAGUACUGGGGAUUUGCAGAGAAUUAAUAUGAUGCAACAUAGUCAUCGAUCGGAGAGCCCAUUGUCCAAUGAGAAUAGUAUCAUCAUUGAAAGUAUGAGCAGAGCGUGCAGAUAUAGUCCUGAGGAGAAAAAGGAGAGGAUUGAGAGAUAUAGGAGCAAGAGAACCCAAAGAAAUUUCAACAAGAAGAUUAAGUAUGCUUGCAGGAAGACCUUGGCAGACAGUCGGCCACGCAUCAGAGGAAGGUUUGCGAGGAACGACGAAAUUGAGAAGAAUCCUCAAGUUCAAUGGAGCCAUAUAGGCGGCGAGGGCGAGGAAGAUGAAGACGAUGAAGAUAAUUGGAUCAAUUUUAUUGACACAUUCUCAGCAGCAAACAUGGUUCCUUAACUAAUCACGAGAAAUUAUAUAUGUUGGACGUGUUUGUGUCCUAGUGUGCAUUUUAUAUAUGGUGGUUUGCUAGUAUGAUGCAUUUGAAGUGUUAUUUAGCUUCAAUAGGUGAUGUAGAUAUAGUUUGAUUGCAUUUUUAUUAUUAUUAUUCUUCAAUAUGGUUUCAACUUUCAAGGCUUAAUGAACA